AUGCAAAAUAUUGGCCUAAUUUAUUCUUGUUGCGUGUUAUUCAUUGCUUUCUUCCCUAUAGUACACGGUAGAGGUGUCAAUGGCGGUGUAGAUUGUGCUUCAUGUACAAUCACUCUUGGUGUGAUUGAACAUCUAUCAAUUCUAUACAAUGAGAGUAUUGUCUCGUCACUUGAAAGAUUUUGUAAUUAUUUGCCCAGUCAAUUCCGAGUGUAUUGCAAAGAAGCAAUCGAAUUCUUAGGUCCGAUUAUUGUUGAUGGAUUUCUGAAUCAUGAAACACCUGAUGUUAUUUGUCACGCACUAAAGAUCUGUACAGAUGAUGCUGGUCAACCUGAAUGCCGUUUGUUUCCAAAGAAAUCAACAUUGACAGUUGCUCAAAGUGGAUUUAAGCUUCGUCAUCGCCAUCGAUCACGUCUAUCACUAACCGAUUCGAAAGUGUGCACAUUGCCCGGUAUUCGAGAAAUUUGCAAAAUUCUCGACAAUGUGUUCAAUAAUCAUAUACCUCUUUUGGAUUUCGACGGCGAUCAUUUUGGCACAGAAUCAUCACUACGUGGUAGUUCAUGGCGUGGAAAAGAUUGUAAUGAUUUUUCGCGAAAAAUUCGUCCUGGUGCACGCUCAAUCAACGGUGAUCCUACUAUAGAUGAGAAUUGUAAUGGUAUAUUUGGCAUGGAUUCAGCAACAGGUCAUCCGUGGGAACAAGAAUUUUGCAAUGAUACACAACGUCUUGGCAUUGUUGUAUUAGGAGAUUCGAUUUCUGCUCAUUUCCAUUUGCCUGAGCAAUGGCUUGAUGCUCGACAAUUAUCCGUUGGUGCUUUUGAACACUUGUUAUUUAUUCUUGAAAAUGAAAUGGAUUGGCCUCAAUUAUCGGGUGUUACAGGUCAUAUCAACAUUACGUGGCCAAAUAUUGAGGGGCCGACUCGGUCACUCUACGCCCGUUUAUUCGAUCUUGACCACUGCAAUCAUCGUGAUUAUCAAAAUAUUGCUGUCAAUGGAGCCAAUAGUAAAUCGAUUCUCACUAUUGCUAAAUCUUUAACACGUGAUCAACAAAAUGACGUACCAUUACUAGUCAUUUAUUCACUAGUAGGUAACGAUGUUUGUAAUGGUCAUCAGGAUACAAUUGCACAUAUGACUACAGUUGAAGAAAUGUUAAAUAAUACAUUGACUGGCUUAGCUUAUCUUGAUACAGUUUUACCAAAAGGUAGUCAUGUUUUGACAACCGGUUUAGCGAAUGGCAGUCUUCUCUAUCAACUUCUUCAUGACCGCAUCCAUCCAUUAGGUCGUGUUGGCCCACCUAUCACAUAUACACAGGUUUAUUCUUAUUUAACAUGUUUACAAAUUUCUCCGUGUAACGGAUGGCUUUCAUCGAAUGAAACCCUUCGCGAUUUAACUACACAACGUGCAGUCGAUCUAUCCGCUGCUGUACGUAAUGCAACGUAUUCGUAUUCGCCACGUAAUUUUGAUGUUGCUUAUAUUGAUUUUCCAUUCGAGCAAGCUAUUGACGAAUGGGAAGCACAAGGCGGCGAAGCAUGGCAACUGAUCGAAAGUGUUGAUGGUUUUCAUAUCAAUCAAUAUGGUCAUGGAAUUACUUCCGAUGUUCUCUGGUCUUGGUUACAGAAAAAUAAACCUCAUUGGUUGCCGCCUGUAAACCCACACAAUGCUGAUAUUGAACGUGUAUUCAAGGAUCAAGGUGGUUACUGA